AUGACAGCUGGACAAAGUGCCACAAGGGCCCUUUACUACAGGAUUUCUCGCCCACUACUCUAUCUCCCUCGUACUACCACCAACCUCAGCACUCCGUCUCCCAUGCAUCACCAGCACCAACCCCAGCACUCGUUUACUCUCGCGCACCACCACAUCACCAUCCUAGCAUUCUAUCUCCUCGCAACACCAUCAACCCCAACAUUCCAUCCCCACUCGCCCAUCUACCACCAAUCCCUACACUCCAUCUCUCUCGCGCCACCACCAACCCAAGAACUCGAUCUCCCUAACACCACCAUUACCAACCCCAGCAACCCAUCUCUCACACCUAAACCAGGAGUUAAGGCACAAAUGGCUGAACCACCACCAACCCCAGCAUUCUACCUCCCUCGCCUCACCGCCAACCCCAGCAUUCUACCUCCCUCGCCUCACCACCAACCCCUGCAGUCUGCCUCCCUCGUACCCCCACCGUCUCCAGCACCCCAUCUCCCUCGCAAUCACCACCACGUCUUCAACUAUCCUGACCCAACUUCUACACAACUUCAUCGAUAUUCACGAUAUAUAAUUGGCCGCGCGUUCCCAGGUGUUACUAAAUCAGGCUGA